AUGAAACAUAUAACCACGUUUGACAAUUCGCAUUUUUAUCGUUCACAAACCGCUUUCAACAUAAGAGAAGGAACGAGGUAUUUUUCAGAAAACAUCAAGUAAAAUAAAAUUUCAUAUAGUUUUAAAGAAGAAAAAAAUAAGAAUGAUGGUUGCAAGAGAAUCUUUGAACUAUGCUUUGUACUAUCCUUUGACAAUACAUACACCUUUUCGGAAUCUAGUACAUGUAACUUUACAUGAAUGUAAGUUUAAUUUCUUGCCAAAAGAGUUCGGUACAUUACAUCAUCUACAAGAGAUUACAUUAUCCAGUAAUUAUGUCGUGAAUACUACUCAAUCUGCAUGGGAAUGGUUAGAGCAUGAUUCUAUGAGAAAUAAUUUGAAAUCAUUGAAAAUAAUGCAUUAUGACCUACCUGAAUUACCUUUACAAAUCACAUGUUUGAAAAAUCUCACAAAAUUAUAUAUGACAUGUUUGAGAAUUAGUUCUUUCCUAAAAAGAGUUUGGUAAUUUGCCUCUUUUGGAUCUUGAUUUAUCAUAUAAUAAUCUUGGAAGAUCUAAACAAUCUGCAUGGGAAUGGUUAAUGCAAGCUCCCAUUAGAAAUAAUUUAAAAAGACUUGACAUAAGUCAUAAUUAUAUCACUAAAUUUCCAUUACAAAUUACGUGUUUAAAAAAUCUACAAUUGUUAGACGUAAGAAGAAACAAAAUUGAUUUUUUACCAAAAGAGUUAGGUACUUUGCCGAAUCUUAUGUAUCUUAAUCUUUCUUCUAAUCACCUUGGAAAGUCUAAUCGCAAAGCGUGGGAAUGGCUAGAGCAAACUGAAGUCAGAAAUAAAUUGUCAGAUUUAUGUCUGUCGGACAAUCUGUUAACGGAAUUACCACCACAAAUUGGAAAACUAAAUGCUUUAACUAUUUUAUUACUUACUAACAAUAAGUUAAAAUGUUUACCACAAAGUCUCGCAAAUCUAAGAAAUUUAAUAUUUCUUGAUUUGUUGGACAAUAAGUUGUUAUAUUUACCAGGAAAUAUAGCACAUUUAUCGGCGACUAUAAGUGUUGAUGGGAAUCCAUUUAAUUUAAUAAUAAUUGGUGAUAAUGAUGACGAUAGUAAUGAUGAUAGUGAUGAUGAUAGUGGUGAUGAUUUUACUGCGUAUUUGGAAGUGCCAAGUCUUGUGGAUUGUUCAGCUGAAGUUAUUCUGGAAAAUGGAUUGGAUUAUACAAAUGAUGAAUUAUCUGAAGAAAUGGUCAAAUAUAUGGAUAAUAAAAGACAUUGCUUUAUUUGUAAUAAUCCAUGUUUUCGUUAUUAUGAUAAGUUUUUUGUAAAUUAUCUUAAUUAUUGUUUCAUAUGGGGUUUUCAAUUAAAUGCAUCUCGAAAUAUCAUGAAUGCAAGUUUUGAAUGUUAUGUUUGUUCAUCAAAUUGUGCUGAAAGGUUAAGGUUAUUCUAAAUUAUAGAAUUAAGAAUACAUGAUUAAAUUAUUAGACUUACAAUUUACAACAGAAUGUAACUUGUAUAAAAAUAUCUGAUAUGACCGAUUUUAAAACUUUUGAAUUUUAUACAUUCUUU